CCGCCUCUGACGAUGCAAUUCAAUAUUGCUUCUUGCUACUGCUGCUGUUGCUAGUCCUUUAGCUUCUGCCUCUGUCACGGCUGCUACACGGAUACCAUUUCCGCGAAGCUCUCAAGAUCGACACUCGCUUUUGCGUCUGCGUACCUCCUCUUACCCAAUCCCAGUCUAAUCUCUCUGCUUCCUUCCCUAUUGCCCCCUCGACAAACUUUCCGCUGCUCAGCUUUGUCUUGCAUAUCCUUCUUGCACUCGACACCGCAUCAAGGUCAGAACAAACGACCUUGAUAAUUCUUGACCAAGAUCUUGUGGCAGGUACGUAGCUUCCGGUACGUCCUUGCACCGCAGCACAUGCAUGUUCUAUAAUGCACUUUCCAGUGCAAUCUUAUCCUUUUUCCCUUCUUUCCCAUUUGACGGCAGCCGUGGCUAACUCUAAUCUCGACUUCUUGGGCAGCAUUCCUCACCGAGCUUGCACUCCGAUCUUUCCUCCUAUCUGCUCCUCUCACCGUCGAGUUCCCUCGAAUCCACCUCCCGACGAAUGAACCAGUAUUAAGUCACCUGCUGGACAAGCAGCUUCCAUAGCUGGACACUUUUGCGGUGUACUGCGACCGACAGAACCUAUCAUGGACAGCCGGACGCCCAAUGGCGCAGCCGGCAUGGCUCAGAACGCUACUUCCACCAACGGUGGAAACCCCGACAUCAUCUCCCAGAUCCACCAGGCCCUCGAGGUCAUACACAGUCCUUACUCCUCCAACGAGUCCCGCCGAGACGCACAGCUUUUCCUCGAGAAUAUCAAGGGCAUAGACGAGGCCCCCUUCCACGGAUUCACCCUUGCAUCCAACAAGUCGCAGUCCCCCGUCGUGCGCCACUAUGCCCUCUCUUUGCUCGAAUACGCAAUCAAGCAGAAAUGGGCCGAAUACAACGAGCAGCAGUCUACCAUGCUGCGCGAAUGGGUUAUGGAGCUCUGCCGUACCCUGUCAAAGGAAGACCCGCUAUAUAUUAGGAACAAGACAGCUCAGCUGUGGGUAGAAGUCGCAAAGAGAUGCUGGGGCGCCGAGUGGAUGGAUAUGGACGAGCUCUUGGUACGAAUUUGGCAGAUCCCUGAUUCUCCUGUCCACAAAGAGCUCGUCCUUUUCGUGCUUGAGACCCUGUCCGACGAGGUCUUCAAUGGCGACGAUGCUGUUGUUGCAAUGCGCGAAGGCGUCCUCAGCAGAAGCUGCGUCGAAGUCUUUACUCCAGCUUCGGUUCUCAGAGAGGCAUUCCCCAACAGAGUUGCAGGCCCCGAAGUGCGCUCUGGGGAAGAAGGUUGGCUAAGCAGGGUAUCCGAGUUUCUCAGUCAAUGUCUCGACGGUGACGCACCAAACAACGACCAAAUCCGCUCCUGCGCCGUGAAGUCCUUGACUGUGUUCUAUUCCCUCAUGCCAUGGGCCAUCCCAAAGUCUGUUGCCGUUGCAAACUGCAUUCCGGUCAUGUGCAGGGCUCUUGCCACUCCCGAGGUGUCCAUUCAAAAGGCCUCGCUGGAAGCUCUGCACGCACUCUACUCCCGUUCCAAUUUCUCAGAACAAGAGUUCAAGGACCUUGUCGCGCCCAUGUAUGAUGCUAGCCAAGUAGACCUCCUGAAGAGGCUCUUUCAGUGGUCUGCUGUGGAUGUGGAGGACAUUGACGAGGACAAGUACCAAUUCGGCAAAAAGUUCUCAGAGAUGCUGUCCCUUCUCGGCAACUACCUCGACCGGCGGUUCUCUGCCAUAUCUACAAACUCGGAUGUCAGCGGUUUCCUCAACCUGCUGCUACUUACCGUUCAGAGCCAGAGUCUCAUCGUCGCGAUUCCAGUCCUGGCAACCUGGACACGUCUCCUCAACAACAGGCUGAUUGGACAAAGCCCAGCCAACAGCCAUCUCGUUGGGCCUCUUCUUGAAGUAUGCGGCUCUCGCCUGAUACGCUACGAGAAUUUGCCUGAAGACACCCAAGACCAGACCUUUAUGUUCCUCAUGGAGGAUACUGACACCGUUCCCGAGCGUCACGCGUUUCUCGGCAACUACCGAAGAUACAGCACUCAAGUCAUUGAGACCAUCGUCCAGCUCAAGCUAUCCGACGCAGUAUACCACGUUCUUGGUCAAGCGGAACACGUUUUGCAGCAUCUGUAUGACGAGAGCCCCCCAAUGGAUGUCGCGACGUAUUUCAAACACUCUAUGCCUGUUCUUCGUGUCGAUGCUCAGUUCACAGUCAUCGAAGCCGCACUCAAGGGCUACAUGAAAUGGAGAGCAAGCACCACCCAGCAGAGCUUACCAGACUACGAGCAACAGCGUGCUGCACUAGAGAGGGAUUUGGAGUCGUGGUGCACCAAACUUCUGGAGAUGAAGUUCGAGGAUCCUCUGAUUCGCAAAAGAGUUUUACAGCUGUUGGUCGCCUUCUCAACAACUGCACUUGACAAGAACCCAGGCUUCAUGCUCAAGGUUCUCGAGCACAUUUUGAUGACCUGGCCGGCGCCCCAGCCGGAACAUCGCGCUUUCAAUGAAGCGAUCAAGGACUUCCAGUCUGAGAGCAUGGUAGAGUUGCAGAGGCUAGCGUCCAAGGUUCCUGACCAUUUGCUCGCGGUUUAUGACCAAAUCGAGGCAAAGGUCAACGACAUGAUCUCGUCUGGUACUCUGGAUGAGAAACGCCAAAUCGCUUAUCAAAGCUUCCUUUUCAUCAUCAUUCACCGAGCAUCCAACAUCGAUCCGGCCAAACAGGUUGAACGACUCCAGCAAUUCAUCAAGCCUGUCACAUCCUCAUGGCAGAACCAAGAGCUGAAGAACGCAUUGUCAUCGUACUCUGGCUUUUGUGAAUUGAUGGACUUGGACAAGGCAAAGAGGUACCUGGUGAGCCAUCGCGUACAUGAAGUCAAGGAAUGGGGUUCCUGCGAGUUGGAUGCGGAGGGUUUGGCUCUGCAGGCUGAAUUGGAGGAAAGGCAAAAGAUGUUGCCACUCCGCCCUACCAAGUCUUUCUUAUCAUUCUCUGUCGAGAAGCUUGAGAAGACGUCAACGCCAUUCCAGAUCUCGUAUCAGCUGUGGAAUGACAGCUUUCCGCUGAUCCUUCCGGAUCUUUUGCAGUUCCUCAGCCAUGCCCACGCCUCCCACAACCCGGAUAAUUGGACAGAACUGCCCAACGAGAUGAAGUCUGUUGUUGGCAAUGUGCUCAGUGACCGUUUCUGGCAAGCAGGCAUUUCAGAGGGCAGCAAAGAUGAGUUCUACGCAAGGGUCAUGGAUAAGAAGAACACACUCGAAGGUCUUGCAUCGACGAUCCGCGGAACCGUAAGGUUUGUAAGGGAAACUUGCUACGCGAUCAUCUACUGCAUGAGUCGUUUGGAGAUGCAGUUUUACGGCUUCAGCGAACUGCCCGGUCCGCUUGCACAGGCACUCUUCCAAAACUCAUUUCACCUGUCAGCACAUCAGCAAAUUAAUCUGCUCAACCUCGUCAGGUAUCUUGUGGAUGAUUGUCCCCUCGAGCAGCGAGAGCAUUUCCUACCUCCACUUCUAGCUGCCUGUUUUCAGCAAAUGGACGCCAAGAUCAAUGCCGAAUGGGAGAACUUGGAACGUCAGCAGGCGAUACAGGCAGCUGCCGAUGCUCUGACGGAGGAAAUGAAAUCAGAGAGUAUCUUGCGCCAAGUCACCUACACCGCAGUCAUUAUGGUGGCGGAUUUCUUGGACCCUACGAAAAGGAACCCCCCGCCUUUGAGAUCUCAGAACGGUCAAGAGCAAUCACGGAAGUAUCCAUCACUUAGGAAGUUUUGCCUGAUGCAGUCGACCGUAGUUGAGCCAUUGCUCCUCUUCUGCACGCACGCCAUCCGCAUGCGAGACACCCGUUGCUGCAGCAUAAUUCUGCGAGUGUUCCGUUCCAUCGUUCCAGACUUCACCGUGGCUGAGCCAUUGUCGCCGAAGUCUUUACCCCAAGAUGGUGCUGAGGCAGCACCGUCCAGCAGGGACCCUUACCUCGAUACCUCGCCAGUGUCUGCGGAAGCAGCUACUGCCAUCAGGGAAUACAUAGCCUCGGACGUGCUCCGGGCUUGCAUUACCUCCUUCCACGAGCCCUACUUUGUAGAUCUACAAAAAGACUUGGCGUCUCUGAUCGCUGCCAUAGUGGUUUACUAUAGCCCUGUCACCAGCACCCCGCGCGACAUCCUCAUGUCUCUGCCUAACAUCAGGCAAGCAGACCUUGACAGACUCAAUGACUUUGUGGCCAAGCCAGCCUCACACACGCGGCAGCAGAGAGCACUCGUGCUUGACUUGCUCAAGGACCUCAAAGGAGUCAGUAUUGCCGAGAUGGGAAAGCUCCCCAAGAACAGCGGCUUCGGGCGCAGCAAGAGGUCAAAUCGGAGCAAGAUGGCUCAGGAGUUCAUGACACCGGCCAACGAGUCGAGAACUCGGGGCGGUGGGGUUGCUGAUGGGGGACGUGCCACACCAGACGCUUUGGAGGGAGUGGCCGGCCUUUUCGAGGGCUGAGAAACCAACGGGAACCUACCUUGGGGAUGGAAAUGCACCAUUAUCCGGCAAUGACUACACAGUAUGUGCAAACAUGUGCCCCGUCUCGACCCGGCCAUCUGGCUAGCAGUUGAAGGACGGGCGUCCAAUGAUCUGGCCGAGCCGAGAGUGAUUGGAUGGGUUUUGAGGUGGGCUCAAAAUACCACCUGGGCUGGAUAACUAGAAAAAAAAACAGAGUAUAGACAUGUCAUGGGGUGAUGGGAAGGACUAGGAUUCCAGUCAUGCUUUGGAGGAUUGAAAAGAUACCAGUUUUUUCCCAAGAAGCGCAGUCUUCCUUCUCCCCGCUUUAGAGUUUGCCGUACCGUUGAGCUGAUAGUAUGAAGAGUUACGGAUACAGCAACGGUGAGACUACAAUGACCCAGAUCGAAAAGUGACGCGCAUCAACAUACAACGUACUUGCUUGGAGGCUU